AUGGCGGAUGAGUUCGACGAGGCGGACUUCUUCGCAGCGGAGGCAGCUGCUCAACGGCCGGCGCAGCCUACGCGAGCAGCCACCCCGAAUACAAGUACUGCAACUGGCGGCGCGUCCAAAGUAGUACAGCCGCGGCCGCAGGCGUUGCCUCAAAGACAGGGCCCUUCAGCCAUCCUGGUCUCCACGCGGCAAAAGGGCAAUCCGAUUCUCAAACAUGUCACUUCAGUCCCGUGGGAAUGGGCUGAGAUACCUUGCGACUAUGUCUUGGGAGCCACGACGUGCGCGCUUUUCCUUUCACUAAAGUACCAUCGUCUGCACCCGGAGUACAUCUACGGUCGAAUCCGGCAGCUGGGCAAACUUUACAACCUCCGGAUUCUGCUGACCAUGGUCGACAUCACGAACCAUGAAGAGGCUCUCAAGGAGUUGUCAAAGACGUCCAUGAUCAACAAUCUCACGCUUAUCCUGUGUUGGUCGUCCCAGGAAGCGGGUCGCUAUCUAGAACUCUACAAGUCGUACGAGCAUGCGUCGGCCGCCUCGAUCCGGGCCCACCAGGCCGAAACGUAUCAAGAGAGUUUGACCGAAUUCGUCACGACGCCUCGGAACAUCAACAAGACGGAUGCCGCGAGUUUGAUCUCCAAUUUCGGUUCGCUCCGAAACGCGAUCAAUGCCCAACCAGAAGAGCUGGCUCUGGUGCCUGGUUGGGGUGAAAAGAAGAUAAGGGCCUGGGUGACUACAGUCCGUGAACCAUUCCGUGUGAGAAGGGCUGCAAAAUCAAGCGCCGCCCUGUUAAGAGAAGAAAGCACCUUGGGCGGUUCGGAUGGCAGUGGCACGAACACCCCUGCGGAGAGGUCGGACGGUGGUGCGCAUACGCCCAUCCCAAUCGGCAGAGUCUCUACCGUCAGCAGGCAAGGCUCAAACGUUGUAGUCACCUCCAAGGAUGCAGCUGAAGAAGCUGGGCCAAGCCAAAAACGGCCCCGUCUAGAGGCUGUGCACGUUGAUAAUUUCGAAACCGACGAAGAGGCCGCAUUGCUGGCACUUGCCGAGGAAGAAACCAAGAUGACCGAUGCUGAGAAACCAAAAGCUGCUCAGGCUGUGACCAGAAAAGAGCCGGAGCUGAGCGAGGGCGUCAUGGCUGCACUGGCCAAAUUGCGCGAGCAGGGUUGA